CUGACCGACGCAGCCAGCAGCCAAGCGGCAUGGGGCGAGUACCAUCCUUGCAGGGGAAUCGCAUGGCGCCUCGUGGCCAUCCCUGCAACCCUUGUUGGGAGCCAGUGCUGCUUGCUCCGAGGAGCCCGCCGUGCUGCCAGAGCGCAAACUGCCCUGCCCUGCCCUGCCCUUCUCCGCCCACCACGGCGGCGGCGGCGGCGGCGGCGACAACCACGACGACACGACGACGACGACGACGACAACGACGGACGGACGGACGGGCGAGCCUGUUUCACCACCGACAAAGCGCCUCCAUUGUUCUACUACUGCGCGCCAUCUAUUCUAGUCCUGUACCUUUGUACCUUAGCAGUCGUCCUCUUUGACCUCCUUGUUGCCGUUGUUGUUUGUUGCCGGCGCUGCGUGACUGCGUUGCCUCCAAUGCCCGGUUCCGUGUGCCCUGUGUAUGUCUGUGUACACUGCUGUACACUGCCCGCGUCCCAGGUUCUUUUUUGUUUUCCCUUUCUUUGCUGCCGCAGUGCACAUGGGACUACAGCACUUGCGGUGUGUGUGUGUGUGUGUGUGUGUGAAGAGACAAGUAGCAUCAUUCAUGGGCCCAUGUGGGUACACGCGCGCUGUCUCAUUUCCAACUCGCACAAAACAGCACCACCAUCACAUCUCCUCACCUCUCAUCAUGAUUUGGAAAUCAAAAAAAAAACUUCAUCCACCAGGUAUCCCAAACAUGCACCGCCGUUUGCGCAACCCUGGCUGCCUGCCCGCUGCUGCUGCUCGACUGCCUGGCCCCGUUUUGGUGCUACAGCGCAGCCAGUGUGUCUGUGUGCGUGUGCAUCCACACAUUGCAUUCGAAACCGUUCCCUCCCCCUCUUGCGCUGCCCGUGUCACGCCCGAAAGCGGACUGCUCUCCACGAGUACCCUACAGCUAUGCCUCGCACUACCCUCAACAGCCGUCGCGCUACACAAGCUCAUCCAUUCCGAGAGGUGCGGAGAGAUUUUUGGCAAUCAUAGCACAGCAACGUGCCAAUUCCCACGUGUUACAACCCUGGCACCAUCGCACCGAUCAUCCCAUUCCAUCCUGGCUCCCCCUUCGUCUCUACGCCUUCGCCACCCAUCACUCCACCCACCCACCAUUCCAUCCCCCGUGAGAGCUUACUCUUUGCCAUGUGCGAACAGCUGUCCAUCCAUGCACGCUGACCGUCAUUCAUCAUGA